UAAUCCGUGACCUUGCUGUUUCUGCUGCUUGUAGAAGCGUGCUGCUGGACCGGGAGAGAUGAACUCGGCGCUGAGGAGGUCGGUGCCUGGGCUGCUCCCGGGUGUGCUGCAGCAAGCAUGCGGGGCAUUAAAGUCUUCCUGGUGCCGGCUCCUAUGUGCGAGCGCACAGAUGUCUCCAGGUUCUACAGCCAGUCCCAUCAGUGACCAAAGCACAAAAGUGGGCCUGUUUCCACCAAUGCCCGGGGAGCAAAGUUCAUUACGAUGGAGUGGACGGAAGUAUGAAGAAGUGCCAAUUGUCCAUAUUAAAGCCACUUACAACAACACUCACAUCCAGGUCACACAGCCCGACAAUAAGUAUAUAACACGUACAUCCUGCGGGACGGAGGGCUUCAGAAAUGCCAAGAAGAGCUCUUCUGUAGCGGCUCAGACAGCCGGCAUCGCAGCAGCAACUAAAGCUGUUGAUAAAGGAGUUGUACAUGUCCGAGUGGUGGUAAAAGGCAUGGGACCAGGAAGAGUGCAUGCCAUCAAAGGGUUAACCAUGGGAGGACUAGAAGUGAUAUCCAUUACAGACAACACCCCCAUCCCUCACAAUGGUUGCCGGCCACGCAAAGCGCGCAGAUUGUAAACAAGAUCGCAGUGGGAAGGAUGGAGCGCACCCUGCGGUGAUUCCAACAGGACAUUCUGUAAAGAAGAAACAGCAAUUCGCUCCAUAGGGUUUUUGCUGACGGGCUGCACAGUCUUGCAUCAUGAUGUCAUCUUCUGUGAAAAGAGAUUUUUUUUUUUUUCUUUUUUCUUUUUGCUUUAUGUAUAUACAGACUGGUCUGUGCAGUACUUAAUGUUUAACAUGGACUUUUUUUGUCCUGCUUUUAAGAUGGCUGUAAUAAAAUGUCAGGAAAAUGUUUGAGCUAA